GGGAGUGAGAGGGGGAGGGGGUUGAGAACGCAGAAGAAGCAACAGCUUGACAUUCCUAGGGAACCGGACAGAAGGAAAGUCUGAGACAAUGAAGUACAGAGGGAAGGAUGAAGUUGAGAAGCAUGGAAAAAGAAUUAAGAUGACUUAAAGGAACAUAGCGGCUAAGAAAGGAGUGGGGGAAUUUGUUCUUGUGCAAGACAAGAAGACAUGAGAAGAAAGUGGGCUGAUAGAUUAAGAGAAGCGCAAAGGAGCAGUGAAGUGAUAAAAAGCCAGGCCUGUCAGUAGAGAAAAGAGAAGGAAAAAGAGAGCAAGUGCCAGAUAAAUUGAGAGUAGGGAGCGUGAGGAGAUUAACAGUCUGAGAGAAAGAGAGAAAGAGAGAGUAAAGAAAAGGGUUCAGUCGUCAAGAAACAGACUCAGAGGACGGCAGAGCACAAGAGGAAGUGGUUGGCAAGAGGAACCUCCGCAUUUAAAUGAGAGCACAUGCAUGUCAGCGGCUAUGUGUGCGCCAGAGCUCGUGUGUGAGAGUGGACGCACGUUAUGAGGACUCUUAUGCUCUGGUUCCUUCCGAUCUUCCUUCUGUGCUCCUUCUGCAGUGUGGCCUUGUGGAUAUUCCUCUGUAACAAUAAUGUAAACCCUCGCCCUUCAUCUAGGAUUCCUCAAAAAAGCUCAGAAUCAUGCAAGGGAUGCAGCAAAGACAAUGUAUUUAUUGCCAAAGCACUGGAGAACUACUCGCACAAAUGGAAAAAAGAUGAGGCAAACUUUAAAAGAUUCAGGUCAUUACUGAGUAGCAAAUGUCAUGCUGUGUCGAAGGCUGUGGUCACACAGAAUAACACCCCACUGGGGUCAAAUGUUAUUUAUGAUGGAGAGAGGAGAAAGCCGCUACAGGUGACACAAGCCCUCUUCAACAUAUUAGCUAAGGAGCAGCCCUUUGGAAAUGCAACAUGGGAGUCAUGUGCCGUGGUGGGGAAUGGAGGUAUUCUGGCUAACAGCAGCUGUGGAGAAGAAAUAAAUUCAGCCCAGUUUGUCAUUAGAUGCAACCUUCCACCAUUGGAUAACAGAUAUGAGAAAGAUGUGGGCAACAAAACCAACCUGGUGACUGCAAAUCCCAGCAUCCUCCAUGAGAAGUACAGUGGACUGAUGGAGCGUCGUCGUCCAUUUGUGGAAAGCCUUCGUCCUUAUGGACAAGCCUUACUGCUGUUGCCAGCCUUCUCCUACGGUCACAACACACCUGUAUCCCUACGUGCCUUUUACACACUGGAGGACUUUGGCAGCGAUAGUCUGCUGCCCGUUUUCCUGAAUCCAGAAUACUUGAGGAGUUUGUCAAAGUUUUGGCGUGAGAGAGGCCUUAACUCAGUUCGUCCCAGCACAGGACUCAUCGUGGCCAGCUUAGCACUAGAAAUCUGUUCUAACGUCCAUUUAUAUGGUUUUUGGCCCUUCAGCAAACAUCCAAAUGACAGUCGGCCGAUCACCAACCAUUACUAUGAUGAUCGGGCGAGCAAGAAGAACGUGCAUUCUAUGCCGACCGAAUUCGAACAUUUAUCAAAACUUCACAAGCAAGGUGUGAUUCACAUACACCUUGGCAAGUGCCAACCCCCUUUAAGUUAAAGGCCUUCCUUGCAGUGUACUGCACACUCCUAAAGAAUAUACCUCACAGUUUGAUUAAGAAUACAACAGGUCACCUGGAUGGGUCUGGAAAGACAGCUGUGAAUGUGCACUGAAUUUGUAUUGCCUAUAUUGUUGUACACAUUUGCUCAAAGCAGAAGCCAUGACCAUGCACAAAAUAAAUCAUAAAUAAAUUUUUUUUUUAAGUUACUUUGACAUAAUAUUGAACAUAAAAAUAGCUGAAAACGAAUGUAAUUUUUCUAGCCUUGGUAUACUGUGAAAGAUUUUCAUUAGGAAAAUGACUCCUAGAGCAGCACUCCUAAACAGUCCUUGAGCGGACUUGCCUUAGUCAGCUUUUUGACGUGCUCGCUGUUGGUGCUGCUCCAGCUCUGUUGCAUUCAUCACAAAUGCCAGUCUGUCCUCUUUAGCAGUUAUUAAAGGUGAAUUUGAUCUCAGCUGUUCAGAAAUACCUGUAUUAGUGGCACUGGAUUAUAACUCUAGACCUUGAAUCCAGGACUCAGAUCUCAGGAGAUUGCAGAAAUGUCUGGAUGAUUGGACACAUGACACAACAUUGUUACACUCAGAAACAACAAGUAGCAUGGAUGUGGGUUAGCAUAACAGAGUAAGAAUACGAGAGGUGUAAAAAAUAAUGGUGUACAAAAAUCAAAUGUGCCAAUUUUGAAUGCCCUGUCUUAGCACGGUAUGAUUCUUACAGCAAUCACUGUAAAUUAAUAAAAUUUGCUUUGAAAUCUUAAA